AUGCCUCGCGUCCUCGCUGCCACCUCGCUCCUCUUCAAGGGCAUUCGCGCCUCUCCUCUCCGCUCCUGGUGGGUCGCCCCAGGACGCCGCUACUCACGUGAACUCGGCGGCCGCAGAAGCUCAGCAGGUCCCGGCGUGCGGCUUUCGGGUCUCCAUCUCUGCUCUCCCAAGCGCUCCGGCUGCGCGCUCCGCCCGGCGCUGGACGAGCUACCCCAAAUACGCUGCACUCACAACGGUUACUAUACCCCCUCAAAAGACAACGUAAUUUUCGCUGGAACGGAGAGGAGGCACCUCGGUAAUCAAAGACUCUUGGCAGAGACAGAUUUCAGCGAGUCUCUGGCAGGCGAAAGGGCUUGUGGGAGCGCCGUUCAUCGCCCCAGCAGGCUCAUGGGAAAUGUAGUGCAGUUUUUCUCCAACAUGGCGGCGCCCGGUAUUGUCAUGGACAGCAACCACCAAAGUAAUUACAAACUCAGUAAAACUGAGAAGAAACUCUUAAGGAAACAGAUUAAAGCCAGGCAUACUUUGCUGAGACAUGAAGGCAUUGAGACAGUAUCUUAUGCUACUCAGAGUCUGAUUGUUGCCAAUGGUGGUUUGGGUAAUCAAGUGAGUAGGAACCAACUGCUUCCGGUUUUAGAGAAAUGUGGAUUGGUGGAUGCUCUCUUAAUGCCACCUAACAAACCCUACUCAUGUGUAAGAUACACAACUGUAGAAGAAUCCAAGAAAGCCUAUGAUACUCUCAAUGGCAGAGAAAUAGUGGAUGAUUUAGGACAAAAGAUCAUCCUGUACUUGAAUUUUGUGGAAAAAGCACAGUGGAAAGAGUUGGGACUUCAAGCCUUGCCUCCAGGCCUCAAAGUAAUAGAAGAAAUUAUUUCUUCUGAGGAUGAGAAAAUGCUUUUGGAGAGUGUUAACUGGACAGAAGAUACAGACAAUCAAAAUUUUCAAAAAUCCUUAAAACACAGAAGAGUAAAGCAUUUUGGCUAUGAAUUCCACUAUGACAACAACAAUGUAGAUAAAGAUAAGCCGUUACCUGGGGGUCUUCCUGACAUUUGUGAGAGCAUUUUAGAGAAAUGGUUGAAGGCAGGAUUCAUUAAACAUAAACCUGAUCAAUUGACUAUAAACCAGUAUGAACCUGGGCAUGGAAUUCCUGCUCACAUUGACACACAUUCUGCUUUUGAGGAUGAGAUCGUUUCUCUCAGUUUGGGAUCAGAGAUUGUCAUGGAUUUUAAGCACCCAGAUGGUAUGACAGUGCCAGUUAUGCUGCCUCGUCGGAGUUUGUUGGUGAUGACAGGAGAAUCUAGAUACCUUUGGACCCAUGGAAUCACACCCAGAAAAUUUGAUACUGUUCAAGCAUCCAAGGGUCACAAAAGUGGAAUUAUCACCAGUGAUGUUGAAGACUUGACUUUAAACAAGAGGGGAAUACGGACAUCAUUUACAUUUAGGAAAGUGAGGCAAACACCUUGUAAUUGUAGUUACCCUUUGGUCUGUGAUAGCCAGAUGAAGGAGGCUCCUGCAUCAUUUCCAGAGAGUGAUAAAGAAGCCUUACAACUGGAGCAAGAUUAUGUCCAUCGGGUUUAUGAAGAAAUUGCUAGGCACUUCAGCAGCACGAGACACACGCCUUGGCCACACAUAGUAGAGUUUUUGAAAGCUUUGCCAAGUGGUUCAUUAGUGGCUGAUAUUGGAUGUGGAAAUGGAAAGUAUCUUGGCAUCAAUAAGGAGUUAUAUAUGAUUGGCUGUGAUCAUAGCCAAAACCUUGUGGACAUUUGUAGAGAGAGGCAGUAUCAGGCCUUUGUCUGUGAUGCUUUGGCAGUACCAAUCCGCAGUGGAUCUUGUGACGCUUGCAUUUCCAUUGCUGUUAUUCACCAUUUUGCUACAGCAGAGCGUAGAGUGGCAGCUCUCCAAGAACUUGUUCGACUCCUAAGACCUGGUGGGAAGGCACUCAUCUAUGUUUGGGCUAUGGAGCAAGAAUAUAAUAAGAAGAAGUCGAAGUAUCUUAGAGAAAACAGAACUAGCCAAGGAUUGAAAGAGGAAAUCAACAAUGAUACAUCAGUGCAAGAGUUGCUUGUGAAGCAGUUGCCUAAUGUAGGCAAUCAAGAUUCAGCACAUUCUGUCUCCUCCAUAAAUGACUUUCAAGAUGGAGGAUGUAAUUCAAGGAACGUUGCUAAUUCCAAGUUGCCUAUUCACACUAACAGGACUUCUUUUCAUUCUCAAGACUUACUGGUUCCCUGGCACUUGAAGGAAAAUCCUGGUAAGGACAAGCGUGUGGAGCCAUUUGGUCCAUUAGGAUCCCGUGACCCAGGUCCUGUGUUUCAUCGUUAUUACCAUGUGUUUUGUGAGGGAGAAUUGGAAGCUGCCUGCCAGACUUUGAGUAAUAUCAGCAUACUGCAAAGUUACUAUGAUCAGGGGAACUGGUGUGUAAUUCUUCAAAAGGUCUGA